CCUUUCACAUGCCGUUUUGGUUCGUUCGCGUUAGAAGACAGGUAUGAGAUAGCUAAGCCUGUAUUGCAUUUUACAAAUACGUUUUUAGGGUUUUGUUAUCACCAUCACAUCCAAUUAAUUGCUUCCUAACCUAUCCAAUCAAAGCUCGCCACUGACAACAAUCUGGUUUAAGAUUGCAGUACUGCUGCAAAUAUUCAUACCGAAUUUGAUUUUGCGUGUCGUAGUGCACACAUUUGAUGACCCAUGACGGAGAUUCAGACUUGUGGCAAACCAAUCGAUUCACUGUUAGAGAAGGUCCUUUGUAUGAACAUUCUGUCGUCUGAUUAUUUCAAGGAGCUCUACCGGUUAAAGACAUACCAUGAAGUUAUUGAUGAAAUCUACAAUCAGGUUGACCAUGUGGAGCCAUGGAUGACUGGAAACUGCCGUGGUCCUUCAACAGCAAUCUGUCUUCUUUACAAGUUUUUUACCAUGAAACUUACUGUCAAACAAAUGCAUGGUUUAUUGAAACAUCCAGAUUCCCCUUACAUCAGGGCGGUUGGAUUUCUCUAUUUAAGAUAUGCUGCAGAUCCAAAGACAUUAUGGAAUUGGUUUGAACCAUAUCUUAAGGAUGAUGAGGAAUUCUCACCUGGAUCCAAUGGAAAAAUGACCACAAUGGGUGUAUACGUGCGUGAUUUGCUUCUGGGACAGUACUAUUUUGAUACUCUGUUUCCUCGUAUCCCUGUUCCCGUAAUGCGUCAGAUUGUAACUAAUCUUGAGAAGAUGAAACUUCCCUCAAAGCACUCUGGCGUGACUGGGGAUAACAACCGACAUGGAUCUGAUGAUACUGCUCGUCGACCACCAUCUGUUAAAGCUGCACUUUCAGUCUCUUUUGGCCAGCGUGCUCCUCAUCGCGCAUCAACCAGGGACUCAUCUCCUGUUCGCCGCACUAUGCCACUGCCCGCAUAUGAUGGAGCCAAUGAAGAUAUAAGAAGAUCACCCAGAGACCGCCGCAGCCGUAGUCGUGAAUAUUAUGAUAAGGAUUCUUCGGACAGAGACCGGGAUCGAGAUAGGGACCGAGAACGUGAUCGAGGCAGAUAUAGGGAUGGUGAUUGGGAUCGAGACAGAAGUAGGGACCAAGGACGAGAUCGGGACAGGGAUAGGGAUAGGAUUAGGGACAGGGACAGGGAAAGGGAAAGGGAUCGAAGACAUGAUUAUGAUCGAAGGUCCAAGUAUUCAGAGAGAGAAAGCAGGAGGGAAUAUGAGAACAGUCAUAGGAGCCGGAGCAGAAGCAGAAGCAGGAGCAGAAGUAGGAGUGUGCUGACUGGCAAUGUACGCGUUGAUCGUCCAACAAGCCCAGAGAGAGAUGUAAGCAAAAAUAAAACAUCUGCAUCUAGCAACUUGGCUAAGCUGAGGGAUCUAUAUGGUGAUUUAAGCGAUAAAAAAGGGGAUAACGAACUGGAUCGCGGUCACAGGAGGGAUAGCAGCGAAGAAGUGAUUAGACUUGGUGGUUCUACCUGGAAAUAAAGCUGAGACAUGGAGGACUGCGUAUCCACAUACAAACCUUUUGGGUAUUCAUGCCCCCUGAUUAUUUCUGUUUGGAUUAAGGAGGAAAAAAAAACUUAUUUCCGUGGCUGUAGCGUUUUUUAGUAUAUGUCACUCAGUUGUUUUGUAUUGUUAUAUUUGCUUCAAUGCAUUAUUAUCUUAGUGUUGACUGAAGUCUGAAAAAACAUAAAUAUAUUUUUAAAGUUUAACCUGGCAAA